AUGGCGUAUCAACAAGUUGCACUGAUCGUUCUCCUUACAAUAAUAUCAAUCAACGCAUCACACUAUCGUGGUGGCUCAUUAUCAUGGAGUAUUCAUGACGAUUCAACGAAUGGAUCAUCGUCCACAGUCGUCGUUCGCAUUACACAACGACAUUCUUAUCGCAAGACUUACUCGGUAAACACUUACUGCAAUCAGACAACUAUUGCUAGCAACAAUGUGAUUGGUGAUGGCAAUGUGAUAUGUCUCGGCGAUUGCUCCGGUUAUUCAGUUAAUGGAACUUAUUACAUAAUACCAACAUUUGAUACAUACGUACCAUGUACUGAUUUCAGUGAUGAAUUUGACUACAGUAGCGGAGAGGGUUCGGUUGAUGUGAUUGUGCCCAAAGAUACUCGAUUUACUUAUGCGGUUCAAAGCUGUUGCUGGAUAUCUCUGUUACAUGGUGGUAAUGAUUGGUCAUUAGCUUUGGUUGUCGAUACACACCAACGUCGGAAUGGAAAAUACAAUAAUUCACCGAAAACUUCAUCGAGUCCAGUCGUUCAAGUACAAAUUGGGCAAACACACGUCAUUCCUAUUCCGAUGGCAGACAGUGAUGGGGAUGCACUUCGAUGCCGUUGGGGUCAGAACCAGAUAGAAUGUGGUGGCAUUUGUGAUCCCAAGGGUACUCUUCAACAGUUCCCCUGUCAGCUGUCAUAUGAAGCAACGACACUUGGCUAUGAAGGUGUAGCGUUGGUCAUCGAAGAUUAUGAUCCAGUGACUAAUGAGACCUAUUCAUCUAUUCCUCUUCAGUUUCUCAUUCGAAUCGUUGAUCAAAUUCCAGUCACCGUACCACCAGACUUCAACUACACAGGUGCUCCACUUUUACAACCAUGUACUGUUCCUCCAGUGUACAUUGGUGACCGACACCACGGAGCUUGUAUCGGUGUAAAAUCCAAUUCCACAGUCAUCGAACGUAUUGUUAUUCGAGUUCCAUGUAACGAAUCUAGCACUACAAUCACAGAUAUUCUCACUGUUUCCCCGCCUGGCAUGAGCAAAAGUUCGAUUUCAUUAGAUCCAGACGAUAACAAUACGUACAUUAUGUAUAUUCAAUGGACCCCUCGACCAGAUCAGUAUGGUAUUCAUCAACUCUGCUUGACUCCGGUUGAUUCCGUCGGCCAAACUGGUCAACAAGUAUGUUAUACAUUUCAAGUUGAUGUCGAACCACCCAACUUCAUCAAUGGAUCGAUGACGCCUCAAGGCCUCGUUCCACGAAAUCAAGCCAUCUGGUCGAUCUCGACUGACCAAGACGUAAUACCACCUUCACAAAGAGUAGCAUACAUUCGGUACUUCAAGCAAAUGUCCAGUGGUGCAGAUGUAGAAGUCUUGCGUGUCAAUGUAGCCCUAGACGUUAUCUACCAAGCAAGACAGCUUGUAAUCAACACGGGAAGUACUACAUGGGAAGAGGGUGCACAAUAUUAUAUUUUAUUCGAUAGUGGAAUAGCAUUAAUUAACCAGUCCUGUGGUAUUGAAUCAGCACCUCUUGCAAACAAGUAUUUCUGGACCUUUCAGAUUGCGGCGCCGAACAAUACAACGCAAACGUCUACCACUCGCAAGACUACCACCACCACCACUCACAAGACCACCACCACCACUCACAAGACCACCACCACCACUCACAAGACCACCACCACCACUCACAAGACCACCACCACCACUCACAAGACCACCACCACCACUCNUGCAUCGGUCAUCGGUGCCUUUCUCAUGUCCACUGUCGUACGGAAAGGCAAAUUAGACAUGAUUCAUAUUCAAAAUUCAACAUUAGCUGGCGGAGUAGCUGUUGGAACAGUGGCUACAUCGAAUAUUGGUCUUCAUGGUGCAAUGAUUAUUGGCACUCUUGCUGGAAUGGUAUCUGUUUUAGGUUUUCAUUUUCUUAUGGAGAAAGUACAACGCAUACGUAUUCACGAUACAUGUGGGGUCAAUAAUCUGCAUGGAAUGCCAGGUUUAAUGGCAGCUGUUGCAGGAAUUCUCAUCGUUUUCAUUGGAAAUCGUUCCGGAUUUCUCGACCAUUUGACCGACGUAUGUCUGAGCGGUGGAAAACAACGAACAGCUAAUAUGCAAGCAGCAUAUCAAGCCGCUGCUCUUGGUUUAACAUUAUGUGUCGCUAUUAUUGGUGGAUUAAUCACUGGUGCAGUCUUACGUUUACCCAUGUUUGCAAAACAAUAUGAAAAUUUUGAAGAUGAGCCACUUUGGCAUUUACCUGAAGUUAACGAGCCGAAUAGUACAGCAGGCAGUGUCAAUGCCAAUCUCGAUCGACGAUUUAGUAUUAUACCUGUAGCUAGUAUGAACAAAAAUCUACAGCGACGAUUUAGCGUUUUUCCACAGUGA